CUGUCACUUGUUGGAUCGGAUUGGUACACACAUAGAGUUGCCUAGCAAAGUGACACUUAAACCCUGAAUCAAGAGCUCAGGCCAAUACGACAUUCGGAAAUUCCCAUCAUCAAGUAAAAUAAAUUGCAACUUAUUUUGGUCCCGUCAUAUCUCUGGGGAUGAUCCAUUCGUCAAACUGUUCCGCGGUCAAGUAUCCGCUUGCCACGGCCGCUUCUUUCAGUGUCAAUCCGUUCUUGUGAGCAUUUUUAGCGAUCUCACUAGCUUUGUCGUAACCAAUGUGUGGAUUGAGUGCUGUUACCAACAUGAGACUAGCAUUCAUCAAUUCUUCUACGCGACCCUCGUUGACUGUCAGUCCAUCUACGCAUUGAGUGGUGAAGCUCUUCGCCGAAUCACCGAUGAGUCUGGCCGAAUGCAAGACGUUCGCGCACAUGACAGGUUUGAAAACGUUCAGUUCAAAGUGCCCUUGAGCUCCACCGACGGUUACCGCGACAUGAUUUCCCAUUACCUGCGCGCAAACCAUGGUAAUCGCUUCGCAUUGUGUUGGGUUCACCUUUCCGGGCAUGAUAGAGCUUCCUGGUUCGUUCGCGGGCAACGCCAACUCUCCGAGUCCACAUCGUGGUCCGCUGCCAAGAAGGCGAAGAUCGUUUGCGAUCUUGUUCAAACUACAGGCAAUUGUAUUCAACACACCGGAGACCUCGACGACAGAAUCAUGAGCUGCUAGUGCUUCGAAUUUGUUGGGAGCUGUCACAAAUGGUAAACCGGCAGCCUUGGCUAGACGUUCGGCGAUGGUCACAUCAUAUCCAAUUUUGGUGUUAAGACCUGUACCGACAGCAGUUCCUCCGAGCGCCAAACGGCAGAUGGAUGGGAGAGCACUUUCCAGGCGGUGGAUGCCAUAUUCAACUUGCUGGGCAUAUCCACUGAAUUCUUGACCCACUGUCAGAGGGGUGGCAUCCUGACAAUGGGUUCUACCAAUCUUGACAAUGUCGGCGUAUUCUUCGCUUUUUUUCUUCAACGAAGCGUGGAGAAUUUUGAGUCCAGGCAGCGUAAUUUCUGUAACCAUUUUUGCGAUUGAUAUGUGCAUAGCAGUUGGGAAAGAAUCGUUACUAGAUUGGCCCAUGUUGACAUGAUCGUUGGGAUGAACCGGUGUUUUUGUCCCGACUUCACCGCCCAAAAUUUGGAUUGCACGGUUGGACAGCACCUCGUUGACAUUCAUGUUGGUUUGAGUUCCUGAUCCUGUUUGGAAAAUUACUAGAGGAAAAUGAUUGUCCAACUUUCCGGCCAUCACUUCAUCUGCGGCCUGAGCAAUUGCGCCCGCAACUUUCUCGUCCAUCUUUCCAAUCUCUGCGUGGUACUCGGCACAGGAUUUUUUAACAAGAGCCAUGGCAUAUACAAUCUGAAGGGGCAUUUUCGACUCGAUUCCACCAAUGGGAAAGUUCAUCAACGAUCGCUGAGUCUGGCAACCGUACAGACAAUUUCCCGGGAUGUCCAAGGAUCCCAUACUAUCCGAUUCCACACGAGGUGGCAAACCGAUACCGGGAUCCGCCGAUGCUGAGGCGGAAGAGGUCAUUCUAUAGUGUGAUUGCUUAAAAUUUCUUUGAGGAAACAACAAUGGUCGAUACGCGAACCGUGUUGCCUUGUAUCUCUGAUUAUGAAACAAGGGAAAGAAGUUGGAAGCCAAGCGUUUGGCUAUCAUCUCUGCGAUCGUGAGAAAAAACGGAAAAGAUACCGUACUGAAACUACGAAAUUACUUCGAAAAAAGAAAACGCCAAAUGUAAGGUUCUGGAUGUACGACAUUCAGUCACGGUCACGAGUCGCGGAUGUACUUGGAGUUUCGCUCCGUCGCUUUACAGACAGAAACCUUGUUCCGAAGAAAGGAUUUCCAAACUACAGAUCUCUUACACUUUUUACGAAGGUUCAAAGUUGAAAUUGCCGGCCCUGCGAUGCUGUGUCUCUAUUGAAACUUUCUGAUAGAAGAAAGCGUUUCAUGUUGCUUGAGCCUGUUGAGUCGAUAUUGCUGGUGUUUUGAUGAGUGGGACGAAAAAAUCCAAUUUCGUCACAAUUCGCAGAAGACCGGGGACACCUUCCAAAAAUACGACGAGCACGCACGCAGCACACGCUUUGCGUCUUCGAUGCAUUCCUGCAUUUCAUUUUGAAUCCAUCAACGAAGAACUUUUUCUAACUUCUUGUUAUUCUACUCUGGUAUGAGCAAUUCUCUAAUGCGCUAAUAUGAGUAGUAGUACUAGUAGUACUGCUGGUUGUAGUUGUAGUACUUCUAGUAGUGGUAGUACUAGUAGUAUUGCUACACCUGCUUAAAUCACCAGUACAGGUAGUAAUACUAUGCAAUCUCUUUCACAAGCCACAACAACAAGAACAAUGAGUGCACGCACCCAUCCUCUGCAUAAAACCACAAACAUGAA